AUGCCGACAGACCACGCAGAGGCAGAGCCCGCCGGCGCCGGCGUCAGCCUGUCGCCGGAUGUGCUGGCCAACAUCCACGCCCGCCUGGCCUUCCCCGAGCGCCUCGCCUUCGCCGCCGUCUUCCGCGCCGAGCGCCACGCCUUCAGGCCCGAGGCGCCGUACCUCCUCCUCCCCGGCCGGACCCCCGGCCGGACCCCGGACACCGCCACGCUCUUCUCCGUUGCCGACCGCCGCGCCGCUGCCGUGCGCUCCCCGGCCCACGCCUUCAUCGGCUCCUCCCGCGGGUGGCUCGUCACCAUCGACACCGCCGCCGCCGCGGCGCUGCGCCUCGUCAACCCGGUGACUGGCGAGCAGCGCGCGCUCCCGGCCAUCACCACCAUCCCCUGCGUCCACGCGCUCGAGGGGGGCUCCCACUUGGAGUUCACGCUAGAGCCCUUCACCAGGGGCCCGCCGUACCCCGGCGGCCGCCAGCCGGUUGGCACCUUCACGCUGGCAGCCGAGCAGACGCGCGGCUUCCUCUACCGCAAGGUCGUCCUCGCCCCCGCCGCCGCCGCGGCCAUGCUGGUCACGGGCCCGUGCUUGGGCGUGCCGGCCUUCGCCACAGCGGAAGACGCCGCGUGGAGGCUGGCUCCCUCGCGCGACGGCGUGGAGGACGCCAUCCACCACGAGGGCAGGUUCUACUCCGUCGGGUACUUGGGCGCCGUGGAGGCGUGGGAGCGCGACGCCGACACGGGCAAGUUCAGCAGCACGGCCGUCACGCCAAGGCUGACUAAUGAGGACAGCCAACCGUGGCGCCGACCCAAGUACCUCGUGGCGGCGCCGGGGCCGGCCGGGCGGCUGAUGGUGGUGCUCAAGGAGUUCAAGGAGACGACGACGGGCUGGUGUGGCCGGCGCGGGCGGACGUGGUCCUUCAAGGUGCAUGUGCUGGACGAAGGCCGGUGGAAGGAGACGGAGGACAUCGGAGAAGCGGCGCUGUUCGUUGGGGCGAACGAGUCGCUGUGCGUGUCCACCAGGGCGCGCCCGGAGCUCAGGACCGGCUGCGUCUACUACACCGACGACGACGAUCUGGAGCGAGCGUCGCCGAGCAAGGACGACGACCAGCUUGCUGUCGGGGUGUUCAGCCUCAAGGACGGCACGGUGAAGAAGGUGUGGGGGCUGGGGCGGCACCGGAGCUGGGCGCGGGUGUGGCUCACGCCUUCCCCUUCCAUCCCAUGA